CCUAUCCUUCCUUUUAGCUCGAGUCGAUCGAGAGAAGAAGCUCUGCUUCUUCGUCUUCGUCUUCGUCUUCUUCUUCGUCGUCGUCGUCGAGGGUUCUCUCGAAACCCUAGAUCCGAGGUCGAAAAUGGUGGGGGCCCUAGCGGGGCUGCAGGACCACGUGAAGCUCGCGCGCGAGUACGCGCUCGAGGGCCUCUACGACACCUCCAUCAUCUUCUUCGACGGCGCCAUCGCCCAGAUCAACAAGCAUAUGAGUACUCUGGAUGAUCCCACACUUCGUGCGAAAUGGAUGAACUGCAAGAAAGCUAUUUCUGAGGAAAUAGACGUUGUGAAACAGUUAGAUGCCGAAUUAAGAUCAUUCAAGGAACUACCGGGUACUAGGCGGACGUCCUCACCCCCUAUACCUGCUAAAUCCUUUGUUUUCCAACCAUUGGAUGAAUAUCCUGCACCAUCUGGCCCGCCUUUGGAUGAUCCUGAUGUUUGGAGACCACCAAGCCGGGACCAACAGAACAGAAGACCGACGAGGUCUGGUCAAGCAGGUGUUAGAAGAUCCUCUCAAGAUGCAACAUGGGCCCGUGGUUCAUCUAGGGCUGGAACAGCUGGGCGUGGGGCAAAGUCUAGUACAAGCAAAGGUAGUUCGAGCGUCAGAUCAUCGACUUCUUCUGGGUUGUCUGGGAAGAAAGGAAAAUCAAGUUCUGGCAAGGGAGAUUCACAGAGUGGUGAUGGAGAGGAUGGAAAGCCGAGAAAGGGGCAAUAUGAAGGACCUGAUGCUGACUUGGCUGCAAUGCUGGAAAGAGAUGUCUUGGAGACGACCCCUGGUGUGAGGUGGGAUGAUGUUGCAGGACUUAGUGAAGCCAAAAGACUCCUAGAGGAAGCUGUUGUUCUACCUCUAUGGAUGCCCGAGUAUUUUCAGGGAAUUCGUCGGCCAUGGAAAGGUGUUCUUAUGUUUGGUCCGCCUGGUACUGGGAAGACACUUUUGGCUAAGGCUGUGGCUACAGAAUGUGGUACAACAUUCUUCAAUGUCUCUUCUGCUACAUUGGCUUCGAAAUGGCGUGGGGAGAGCGAGCGCAUGGUUCGUUGCCUAUUUGAGCUCGCAAGAGCUUAUGCUCCGAGCACCAUUUUCAUUGAUGAAAUUGAUUCUCUUUGCAAUUCUCGUGGAGCUUCAGGCGAGCAUGAAUCAUCCAGAAGGGUGAAGUCUGAACUUCUAGUUCAAAUUGAUGGUGUAAAUAACAGCUCUACCGGUGAAGAUGGUCAGCGCAAGAUAGUUAUGGUUUUGGCUGCAACAAACUUUCCAUGGGAUAUUGAUGAAGCCCUUAGGAGACGGCUGGAAAAGAGGAUUUAUAUCCCGCUUCCGAAUUUCGAGAGUAGAAAGGAGCUCAUCAAGAUCAAUCUAAGAACAGUUGAGGUAGCUUCUGAUGUAAACAUCGAUGAAGUGGCACGUAGAACAGAAGGGUACAGCGGGGACGACCUCACGAACGUCUGCCGAGAUGCGUCGCUGAACGGAAUGAGGCGAAAAAUUGCAGGAAAGACGAGGGACGAGAUCAAGAACAUGUCCAAGGACGAGAUCUCAAAGGACCCCGUCGCCAUGUGCGACUUCGAGGAGGCCCUUGCCAAGGUCCAGCGGAGCGUCUCCGCCGCCGACAUCGAGCGCCACGAGAAGUGGUUCUCCGAGUUUGGAUCGGCGUAAUCGAAAUUGCAUUUAUUAGUAUGGUAACUGGUUCAUCUUAAACACCAAUGUUUACAAAUAUAUACUGUAGUGUCUUUUGUGAAACAGAAGAUGUACCACUUACAAGUUGCUUUGUGUUAAUGUAAACCACCAUCAGCGUUAGUAGUGAGAGUGCUGCAUGUUCUUGGACCUUCCUGCAUUUGAUCUGAAAAAUGUAUGAUGCUAGUUGAACUAUGGACCAUUUACAGAUAGUUACCACAGUUUCAGAAUUUUACUUUUCAGUGUU